CUAUGCUCGACGGGUAUGGUGGACGAUUUAUCAAUAUUUUUCGUAAAUUGUUUGCUGAAUUAGGCGGGAAGUUGAUUUCGGCAAAAUAUAAGCAAAAUGAGUGUCCAAGAAGAUGUAAUGAAAAUACAAAAGAAAUUAACUAAAAUGACUUCGGAUGACGGAACGGGUCAGGAAGAAGCAUUAGAGCUACUGAAAUCAUUGCAAACAAUGGCUAUAAAUUUGGAUGUUUUGACCAAAACGCGAAUAGGUAUGACAGUUAAUGCUUUGCGUAAGUCCAGCAAGGAUGAAGAAGUAAUAUCUCUAUGCAAAACUCUUAUUAAAAAUUGGAAAAAGUUUUUGUCUCCCAGCACACCGUCCAAAGAGUCCGGAAGUUCAUCAAACUCCAAAUCAAAAAAAGAUUCAAGCAAAGACAAGGAUAAAAAGGAUGAUAAAGAAAAGGAGAAAAAACUGCCGGCUUCAUUCCCACCACAAUCAAAUACAACUGAUGCGGUGAGGUUAAAAUGCCGAGAACUUCUUACACAGGCUUUGAAAGUUGAUGGAAAUACUUCUAACUCGUGUGCCACUCCAGAGGAACUUGCUGAAGAGCUGGAAGAAUGUAUUUAUGCUGAAUUUAAGAACACAGAUAUGAGAUAUAAAAACAGAGUACGAUCCCGGGUGGCCAACUUGAAAGAUCCUAAAAAUCCUACGCUAAGAACUAACUACUUGAAUGGGGUGAUUUCUGCUGCUCGUUUGGCCAAAAUGACCCCUGAAGAAAUGGCCAGUGAUGAGAUGAAGAAACUAAGGGAGAAAUUCAUUAAAGAGGCAAUUGAUGAUGCUCAACUCGCUACUGUACAGGGUACUAAGACCGAAAUGUUAAAAUGUGGAAAAUGCAAAAAGAAGAACUGCACAUAUAAUCAGCUACAAACCAGGAGUUCUGAUGAACCUAUGACCACCUUUGUGCUAUGCAAUGAGUGUGGUAAUCGCUGGAAGUUCUGUUAAGACUGCUUUUAAUGGUAUACUUGCUGUAUCCCUUCAAAUGGUACACAUGUAUCAGGAUAUUCAUUCUACUACCUAUUUUAUUAAUUCCCAUGAUUGUGUGACCUUUCUACUGUCAUUGACAAUGAAAUCGUGUUUAGUAGAUAAGGAAUCCUUAGUAUAAUAAAUUAAAUGCUUUAAGUCAA